UUACGUCAGCAGCGUGAACCUCCUCCCUCGGCGGCGGAGCUAUCCCUGUAGCCCUGUACGGAAGUAGCGUAGCUUAUGUGCGCGGCGACAAAGACAGCGAGACCGAAACCUAUGGGGAAGGAAUAAAAAAGAAAUCGGGUAUCGUCGCACUGUUCGUCCUAAGUCCGCCGUUUUCUGUGGAGCUCGCUGCCCCGGGGGCCUCGGUGAAGACGCCGAAAUAAGACGGCGGCAGGGCGGGUUGUGGAGCCAGCGUGAAGCCGCCGAAGAAGACCGUGUCAACUGGCAGAUUUUCCGUUGGAGCGUCUGUAGGCUAGCGCAUAUAGCGAAGGAGCCGCCAUGGCAGUCGGAUCAUUGAGCCUCCACAUCGGGAUAUGAAGAGGAGCCGCAUGUGUCCCCGAAUCGUCACGUAACCGCCGCAUUUAUCCGCGAUUUUUCCGAACGCAGCCCCGCUUCAUCUUUUGUGAAAACUGAUUCAGCCUCCAGAAGGAAAAAUCGCAGUCGGGUUUUAACCGGGGGGGCCACAGGGAGAGGCCAGAUCCAUGACUAUUUCAGUCGGAGACGUGUCUGCUAAGGCCCGCUGAGAAAAACCUGGAAUAUAAAGAGGAAACGAUGCUCUGAUCGACGGCUGCUGGGACAGAAAAGGGUCGUUUUAUUAGGAACCAGCGGGAGAAAGGGGUCUCUUUCUGCCUGGCCACCCUGUGAAUUACUGUGACAUUAUUCAUUUACUGGCAGUCCUCCUUUGGCUGAGAAGGGUCGGCGAAUCGAUCAGCCCCGCCGUUUAAGCAAGUCACAGUCUCCCGGAGGUCGAGAGAAUCGUAUCGGGGAUUUGGAUCAUGUCGGGUCGGCCCAGGACCACAUCCUUCGCGGAGAGCUGCAAACCAGUGCCGCAGCCCUCCGCUUUCGGCAGCAUGAAAGUCAGCAGGGAUAAGGAUGGAAGCAAGGUAACAACAGUUGUGGCCACUCCGGGGCAAGGCCCUGACCGGCCACAGGAGGUGAGCUACACAGACACCAAGGUCAUUGGCAACGGCUCGUUCGGCGUCGUCUACCAGGCUAAGCUCUGCGACUCCGGAGAGCUGGUGGCCAUCAAGAAGGUCCUGCAAGACAAGAGGUUUAAGAACCGUGAGCUGCAGAUCAUGAGGAAGUUGGACCACUGCAACAUCGUCCGCCUGCGUUACUUCUUCUACUCCAGUGGUGAUAAGAAAGAUGAAGUGUAUCUGAACUUGGUCCUGGACUACGUUCCUGAGACUGUCUACAGAGUGGCAAGACACUACAGCCGAGCCAAACAGACCCUGCCCAUGGUUUUUGUCAAGUUGUACAUGUACCAGCUGUUCAGGAGCCUGGCCUACAUCCAUUCGUUUGGAAUCUGCCAUCGGGACAUCAAACCCCAGAAUCUGCUGCUGGACCCGGAGACCGCUGUGCUCAAGCUCUGUGACUUUGGCAGUGCUAAGCAGCUGGUCCGUGGAGAGCCAAAUGUUUCCUACAUCUGCUCUCGCUACUAUCGAGCCCCUGAGCUCAUCUUUGGUGCCACUGACUACACUUCCAGUAUAGAUGUGUGGUCAGCUGGCUGCGUACUGGCAGAGCUGUUGCUAGGGCAACCAAUCUUUCCUGGUGACAGUGGAGUGGAUCAAUUGGUUGAAAUCAUCAAGGUUCUCGGCACCCCGACCCGAGAGCAGAUCCGUGAGAUGAACCCCAACUACACCGAGUUCAAGUUCCCCCAGAUCAAGGCACAUCCUUGGACUAAGGUGAGUCAACAGGUGUUCCGGCCGCGUACGCCUCCCGAGGCCAUCGCCCUGUGCUCUCGUCUGCUGGAGUACACGCCCACGGCCCGCCUCACUCCCCUGGAGGCCUGCGCACACUCCUUCUUUGACGAGCUGCGCGAACCCAACGUCAAACUGCCCAACGGGAGAGAGAAGCCCUCCCUCUUCAACUUCACCACCCAAGAAUUAUCCAGUAAUCCCUCUUUGGCCUCCAUACUCAUCCCUGCCCACGCCCGCAGCCAGGCCUCCGCCUCCACCCCAACCAACACCUCUGCCACCACAGAUCAUCUCCUCUUCCUGACCGUAGAUGGCAGCAGCACAGAGCGAGGUCCCAGCACCACCACCGCCUCUGCCUCGGCAUCCAACUCCACCUCCUGAGCCCGCAGACCGCCACCGCGCCCCGCCCCGCCCCGCCCCGCCCCGGUCUCAGCCCCAGCCCCACGGCCUCUCCAUUGCCCCGGCCAAGGGGGUGAGCUCUGCCCAGCUCUGCUCUGCCCUGCUCUCCUCCCUGACACCAGCGGAGCGAUGCUGACGCAGUCCGGUCUCAACAGCUAAGACGACAGCCUUUACGCGACCACGAACACAAAACCCAAGCUCUCCCUCUUUUAUCCCCGACUGACACCCCCCUCCCCCCCUGAUCCAGCUGUUUGAACUCUACUCCAUCCUCCAUUGAAGACGUCUCUCCGUGCUCUUUCAGCGGGGAAGCGAUGCGCAGGGCCAAAGGUGUUGUCGACUGUACUAUUGAUAAAAGUACACUGUACAUGUAUACACAAUGCUAGCCUGCUAAUGUUUGUAAGAGGACAAUCUGUAGAAAAAAAGUCCUGAGCUGUUCCCCUCGUCCCUCAACCCUGACCCCUCUCGUCCUCCCCCCUGCAUUGAUCCAUUUUUCUGCAUCUUCAUCCUCUGCCCCCCCCACACCCUCCUCUCCCUCCCUCCCUCCUUUGGUUUGUCUUGUAGUGCAUGGCCUGAGUAUGGUUAGGAUCACCUCGGGGGGGUGGGGUGGGGUGUCACCAUACCCUCUCACUUCUCACCUCCACUUCUGCAAACAAGGCAUGAGGCUCACGCACGCGUAUACACACACACUCAAGAAAUACACACACACACACACACAUGGAUGCAUGACGAUCCUGAUGUAUGUGGGAAAAAAAGCAGUCCAACCGUGGAGGUAAUGUUUGGACACGUUUUUUUUUGUUGUUUUUCAUUGCCUGGGGUUUGUUUUUAAAUGUUUAGCGAACGGUUUUACUCGACCUUGUUCUUAAUUUUCAUUUGAUUUACUCCCGGGCAGACUUUUUAUUUUAUUUUGUUUUUUCGGAUCGCCAUGAGCGAUGGAUGUGACAUGUAUCUGGUCCUGUGUGCUUGUAUAAUAUAUACAUACAAUACAACAAAAAAAAAACAUGCAUACAUACACAGUUUAUAUAUUACUUUUCCUUAUGUAUAAAAAGUAUAUAUAGAUAUAUGUAUAUUAACUACAAUGGUUCAGAAAUCAGUUAUGGUGAGCUCAUAUCUGGUAGAGCAGUGGCAAUAUUUGCCGCUGCCUAAAGACGAUAGAUUUAGAUGUGGUGGUGUUUUUGUUUUUUCCUCGGUUUGUUGCUGGAGCGCAGUCGGACUCCAGCCGUCACUUCUCCGUUCCCCUGUGUCGUCUGUAUUAAGGCCGUCAGUGGAUUUAGGGCACCGCUCUAUUCUCUGUCUUUUUACCGACUCUGUCUGUAACAGUGUUUUUUUCUGUGACAGUGCAGCGUCUAGACACCUCCUCUCCCCACAGUCUAGAUCUUCCUCUUUGUCUCCGUGAAGAAUUCAAGAUUGUUUCUUGACACUUUUCCUUCUUCCCUCGACUCUUUGAGAAAUCUCGGCGGUCGUCCUCCUCGGCUCCACCGCUGACUUCCUCAUGUGUUGUGACCACUGACUGAAGUGUUAGCCUAGCACUCGCCCUCUCUCUCUCUGUCCUCCACAUGCCGCACAUAAAGCCACUCGGUACAGUCUGUCCAAGCGUCUUAUUUACAGAGAAUACUCACUACAUUAAAAAAAAAAAAAAAAGAAUAAAAAUAAA